CCGCUUUCUUGAACAAGUCUGCAAAGUCCUCCCACAGGCACACCAGGAGAACUCUCCUGUUCUCAUUACAAAUGCAUUAGGCCACAGGUGCGAUGGCGGGCGCUGGGCAGCGCAAGGGCAAGAAGGACGACAAUGGCAUCGGCACAGCCAUCGACUUCGUGCUGUCCAACGCGCGGCUGGUGCUGGGCGUGGGCGGCGCGGCCAUGCUGGGCAUCGCCACGCUCGCCGUCAAGCGGAUGUACGACCGAGCCAUCAGUGCUCCCAGCAGCCCCACUCGCUUGAGCCAGUCGGGAAAGAGAAGCUGGGAAGAGCCGAACUGGCUGGGCUCCUCCUCCCGCUUGCUGAGCCAGGACAUGAAGACCAACCUCAGCCGCUCCCUGCAGACCCUCCCCACGGAUCCCUCGGCCGCAGACACAGACUUCUUCCGACCCACCAAGCCCAAGCCGCCCGCCAAGAGGAGCCAAAUGGAGCUGAAGAAAUCCCGCCUCCGUCUGUCCCUGCAGGAGAAGCUGUUUGCCUAUUACCGGCGGAAGGUGGCCAUCCCUGCAUCGGAGCAGGCCCGCGCCAAGCAGGCGGCCGUGGACAUCUGCGCCGAGCUGCGCAGCUUCCUGCGCGCCAAGCUGCCCGACAUGCCCCUGCGCGACAUGUACCUCAGUGGCAGCCUCUACGAUGACCUGCAGGUAGUGACAGCUGACCACAUCCAGCUUAUCGUGCCUCUGAUGCUGGAGCAGAACCUGUGGUCGUGCAUCCCCGGGGAGGACACGAUCAUGAACAUUCCUGGCUUCUACUUGGUGCGUCGGGAAAACCCAGAGUACUUUCCCCGUGGGAGCAGCUACUGGGACCGCUGUGUGGUGGGAGGUUACCUUUCCCCCAAAUCCGUAGCGGACACCUUUGAGAAAGUUGUAGCUGGCUCCAUCAACUGGCCGGCGAUCGGGAUUCUCUUGGAUUACGUGAUCCGUCCGGCAGCUCCCCCGGCAGAUCUGACGCUGGAAGUCCAGUACGAUCCGGACCGGCGCCUCUUCAUUGACUUCCUGCCGUCGCUGACGCUGGGCGACGUCGUCCUCGUGGCCAAACCCCAUCGAUUGGCCCGCAAUGACAAUUUAUGGCGACUGAGCCUGCGGCCGGCGGAAACGGCUCGCCUCCGGGCCCUGGACCAGGGCGAUUCUGGCUGCCGUUGCUUGUGCCUGAAGAUCUUAAAAGCUGUCUGCAAGUCAAACCCGGCCCUGGGUCACCUCACUGCCAGCCAGCUCACCAAUGUCAUCCUCCACCUCUCGCAGGAAGAGUCCGACUGGUCCCAGGACAUGUUGGCCGAUCGCUUCCUGCAGGCGCUGAAGGGGUUGAUCCGUUACUUGGAGGCAGGUGUCCUCCCCAGUGCUCUGAACCCCAAGGUGAACUUGUUUUCAGAGCUCACCCCCGAAGAAGUGGAUGAGUUGGGCUAUACCCUCUACAGCUCUCUGUCAGAGCCAGAGGUCUUGCUGCAGACGUAAUGGGGCCUUACCUAGGGAAGCGUGGGUAGGAUUUAGCCAAGGUGGACUUUGGUUACUACAAAAUACGUCUCCUCCACUCCUCUCUCCGUGUCUCCUGUUUGUUCACUAUCCUUCCCUGCUGUGGAGCUGGUGCUCCCACUGAAUUUCUUGGUGCUACUGGUCCAUUUCCACCAUCUCUGCCCAGACAGGUACCCAUUGGCUAGGGAAAAGAGGCUAAAACUGCAGCUCUUAAGAUCUUUGCACAAAUUCUGCCGAUGUUUAAGGGUCUACCAAAAAAAAACACCCCGACAACCAAACUAUGCACUUCUUUCUCCUGUAGUAUCCUUACUGCAGCGAGUUCACUUUGGUCUGAAGAAGGUGGAACUGGGCUGGUAAAUCCAGCAACAAUUUUAGCAGACUUGUGUUGAGAUCCUUUCCCUUCCUCCAGUCUGACUCUGCACCACGUUUCUUUACCACAGUGUCUGACUUUCCUCUUGUGGGGUUUUUUUUGUCCUUUUGACACAGUCAUGCAGGGCAGACUGAGCGAGAUGUUUUUGGUAGGGUCAGGUUUUUUGUAUUUCUGAGUGGAUAGUGGUCAUCCUGCAGUAUUUAGGACUGUAGAGCGUGGAGAAUGCCAGCUGAGUUCAGGAGUAAGGGCUGGAAGCUUAGUCCUGUCUCCUGCAACACAGCCUCCAGCAUGGGCAAUUCUCACUGAAGCUGGUAAAGGGGAGGAAGAAACCUUUGUGGUCUGGCCAUUGCGAUGAGGCCGAAGGGACAGGGCUUGCCAUUCCUGCUUAGCCAGAUCUGCUGGGUGUUGCUGGUGGGAACGGCCCUGGGAAUGGAGAAUGGGGCGGCUCCUUAGAUGUCUCUGGCCUAAAGGAAAAGAGGCUGAUGAUGGGGGAGCAGUGGGAGACACAUGGGAACGGGGAGUUUUGGGGUUUUUUAGUCUUUUCCCCAAGAGCUUAUGGCUGUUCUGGUUUAUAGGGGCUGGAAGCAAGACCGCAUGCCUCUGUAGUAAGCACGCCUAAGCCAGAUUCUCACCAGCUGUAAGUCUGUGAGGGUGACAGGACUGAACUGGUGUCAUCAGCAAGGUUGUCCCCCACACGCUGAUAGCAGGGUGCAUCUGCAAAGCUGGCACUUAGAGAUAUGUUGGCUUUGCCAUCUGCUCUCAGUGUGUUUUACUUCCCAGCCACCUCAGAACUGAGGGCGCCCGAUCCCUUCCUCAUUCCCACGUGCUGACUUUCUAGCACUCCCAGUUUACAAUUACUCUUGGAGAGCUGGUGAGGGCACACCUUCCCAUUCUGUCUGUCUGGACCUGUUGGUAGUGCAGUUCUGCCCACUCCUGUUCAGGGCUGCUGCCAGGCCAUCCUCCCUUUGGCUGCCCUCCCAUCUGCUGCUGGACUGCAGUAUGGGUUUCGGGCAGGCAGCUGUUGGUAUCUCCUAAACUAGCCACAAUAGACUUUAUACCCUCCAUUAAGCCUUCUGGCCUCCUGCCUUCAAAAAGGGGGAGAGAAGGUAUCCUCCCAAGUCUGGGGCAGUGUCUCUCUAAAGACCAGCACAGCUACUGUUACAGAAACGUACUUGCCUUUUCCCAGCUUCAGCACCCCUUUUUUCCCUCUGCUGUCCAGCCUCCCUAGCCAAUGCAGAGGGGCACUGCAGCAGCAGAGUUUGGAGGCAGCAGGAAUCCUUUUCUUCUCCCUUCCUCUCAGGACUCUACCUGUCCCUCCCCCCCCCCCCACACACACUUAGACAGAGAAGUUUCGAGAUGAGUUUCAAGAGUGGAACCACAGAGGGGAGUCAUUAGCCCUCGUUUUCUUUUCAGAAGCAGCGCUGGUGAGACGAGGGGAGGGAGCAUCUUUCUCGGACAAUCCGUCUGUUUUAGCCAACGUGUCAGAUAUAAUUCCUUACACAAUGAUAACGCCACAUUGCAUUUUAAAUUAUUUAAUCCUUAGGGUACUGGUAUUUUGUAGAGUGCCAGAUGUGUACUUUGAGGUUUGUGUGUGUACUUAAAGCCUGUAGUCUAUACAAGGUUAGCAGAAACUCCCUUUGUACGAUUUUGUGUUUUGUAAGUUUUGCAGCAGUCAGUGUUGGUCAGCUGUCAAUUGCUCUUCACUCUGGUUCUCAGAUUAUUUUUUUCUCCUCUUCCUUUCCCUGCCCUCCACUACCUUUCUGAUAUCAACCUUCCUACCCUAAAAGCAGACAGAUGAGACUCGGAGCCUAUAGGCUACUGGGGGGGGGGAAAUUCCCCUUUUCAUUACUUGAAGGUCAACAAAAAUAUUAAAAUAUCUGGGUUGUCAGGAGUUCCCCACGAGUUCAUUUCUUCAGUGUGAUCUCACCCCUCACUUGGUGCUGACUCCAAUACCAUGGUCUCGAGCAGCAUCGUGGUUUGGAAUGAUCAAAACUAUGGGUACAAAAAAAGAAAGGUGAGCCACGAUCAGGAGGCGGCCACUGUGUGAGCUGACUCGAGAGAAGUUUGCCACAUACAUAUCCGUGUACGGGAUUUUGUACGUGAAUGCUUGUACUUCUUCCUGGCAACCUAAUGAGUUAAUAUUUUCUGGCCGUUUCUCGCUGCUAUUGAGCUCGAUUUGUGUAUCAAAUGGAGUCUGAAGCUGCCUUUUUUUGCCUCUUCCGUAGACUUUGCUCCACGUCACUUGAAUGGCUUCCGUGGUUUCUUCCCUUCAGUUUGUCCCUCCCCUGAGCAGCCUCAGGCCUGCUCUCAGGAGGCAAAUGCCCGCUGCCGACGGGCAGCUGCUGCAGCGGGCAGCACCUGCCCUGGCAGUGGCAGGCUCAGCAAAGGCCAAAGAUGUAGCAGGUCACAGGGACACUCUAACCAGGAGGAUUUCAAGAGCAGGGUCAGGCACAAAGGGCAACAGAGGCCGGGAAGGGGGAGUAGCCUAAAUAUGCAGGAAACUUACACUAAUGCCAUACCCAGCCUGUGGGUCAGACAGAACGUUGCAGAGUCUCUCACACCGGCACCUUGCAGUAUUAAAUGCAGUACACGUGUUGAUGUACGGCCCGGAGGGCUGCCUUACCGAAAGGGAGGCUCCUUCCUAGUCAAAGCUGUCGCACAGAGCGGGAGAAACUAAAGCUGAAUGUGAAAGGGCAGCUCCUGGCCACCUGCCUGGCAGAGCAGCUCAGAGACAAAUUGAUUGUAAGAGGCCCAGAGCGUGUGUUUGGUUGGGUGCUGCCUGGGCUCCAAGAACGCCUUGGAGUGUUCUGCUGUAGCUUACCUCACACGAGCUUCCCACCAGAUUGGCAUCUUGUUCCCUGUAACCACAGGGCGAGGACCAACUUGCUCAGCUGCAGGGUUUCGCUGCUGCUGAGCUCCACUGCUGAUCCUUCAAGUCAGAUGGAUUUCUUUCCCGGUGUUUAAAAGCAAUCCUGGAAACAAGGGGGUGCAUCCUAUCGAGCUGCCAGCAGGGCCCUCACCCUUAGCAUGUGAGUACUCACAGGUGAGAAGUGAAGAGAUGAUGCCCCAUCUCUCCCAGGCCUGGAAGCUGUGGAUUUGCAAAGGGGAAAGUGAAAGUCUAAGUGCAUAGUCUGUGACAGAGUGCGUGAAAUAAUGAAAUAAAAUGACUUUCCACAGUAA